CAUCACCCUGCGACCGCCUGCCCCGCGACGCGCCGGGUGCUGGCGCAGCCCUUCGCUCUCCCGGCCUCCCCCUCCCAGGUUCCGCGCUCUGGUUCCGCCAUGGAAUCCAACAAGGAUGAAGCCGAGCGCUGUAUUAGCAUCGCCCUCAAGGCCAUCCAGAGCAACCAGCCUGACCGGGCGCUCCGCUUCCUGGAGAAGGCGCAGCGGCUGUACCCGACGCCGCGAGUUCGCGCCCUGAUCGAGUCCCUCAACCAGAAACCACAGUCGGCCGGCAACCAACCGCAACCCACAGAGGCAACCCAGGCGACCCAUAGGAAAGCAGGUGGGGCCAGCGCCCCCUCGGCCAACGGUGAAGCUGGAGGAGGAGAGAGCACCAAAGGCUACACUGCUGAACAAGUAGCGGCCGUGAAAAGGGUCAAGCAAUGUAAAGAUUACUACGAGAUCCUGGGGGUGAGCAGAGGGGCCUCAGAUGAGGACCUGAAGAAGGCCUACCGCAGACUGGCCCUGAAGUUCCACCCUGACAAGAACCGCACGCCUGGCGCCACUGAAGCUUUCAAAGCCAUUGGCACAGCAUACGCGGUACUUAGCAACCCAGAGAAAAGGAAGCAGUAUGACCAGUUCGGCGAUGACAAGAGCCAGGCAGCCCGGCACGGCCAUGGGCACGCGGACUUCCACCGUGGCUUUGAAGCUGACAUCUCCCCUGAAGACCUCUUCAACAUGUUCUUUGGAGGUGGCUUCCCGUCGAGUAACGUCCAUGUCUAUAGCAACGGCCGCAUGCGCUACACGUACCAUCAAAGGCAGGACCGCAGGGAGAACCAGGGUGAUGGUGGGCUGGGGGUGUUCGUCCAGCUGAUGCCCAUCCUCAUCCUGAUCCUCGUGUCGGCUCUCAGCCAGCUCAUGGUUUCCAGUCCACCCUACAGUCUCAGCCUGAGACCGUCGGUGGGCCACGUCCACAGGCGAGUCACUGACCACCUGAACGUCGUUUACUACGUGGCAGACACGUUCUCUGAGGAGUACACAGGCUCCAGCCUCAAAAUGGUUGAACGGAAUGUGGAAGACGAUUAUAUUGCCAAUCUCCGAAACAACUGUUGGAAGGAGAAGCAGCAAAAAGAAGGCUUGCUGUACCGGGCCCGCUACUUUGGCGAUGCAGAUAUGUACCACAAAGCACAGAAGAUGAGCACCCCGAGCUGUAACCGACUGUCAGAGUCAUGUACCAAGGACUCCAGAAGGCUUUUCCUCCCAGAGUCAACCACAUGGGGCCCAGGACGCUGGGGCAGAAGCCGACUCCUAAUGAAAGUCCGUGACCAUGGGCGCCUCUGUCUCUACCCUCCGUGGACAUGAUGCCACCCGGCCUUCUCUUGAACGUUGGAUAAAGGAUGCACCUGAACCAGAAGGGUUUUCUUAUGGUCACCCUCAAAUGAGGAUUUUUCUCAAAACAGCAGUUGCUGCCAGGGGAAGGGAAGGGAGGUUUUAUUUAUUCCCACAGUUUAUACUGGGCGUUUUGCAAUUACCGUUUUUCCCAAAUUUUCCUCUGGUGGUGGGUGUGUCAUUGAGCCUUCCAUCCUCCAAAGCCUUACUACCCCCAAGCUGCCAGCCAGGAGGGGAUCACCACCCUCCCAGAGCUUCUCUUGGCUCUUUUUAUAAAAGUCCCCCAACAAAUAGGAUUCUUGCUGGGAAAGGGAGCUUGGUUAAGGAGAAAUGUCAAAUAUGGUUUUUAAACAAGGUCCUGCCCUGUGAUGAAGCGUCCCCCCCACCCCGCCCAAAGAGAUGCUCAGACCUGGAUGUGGGUGAGAGCGCCUUGCCCGUGGUGGCCCUGGUGCUCGGCUCCCACCACCCCAACCCUCUGGUCUCAGUAGAUGUCCCUAGAUGGGCUGAGCCAUGUGCAAUAAGAACAUAGAUCCUAAUGGAUCCACUGAGAAGCUGUAUUUCUUGAAAUAGAAUUCUGAAAUUGUAUAUCUAUAAAUAUAUGUUUAUUAUGUGA